AUGAUGCGCAGCAUGCUCUACGUCCUUCCGGCAUUGCUGGCAGUGGGUGUCUCGAACCCUGAGGCCGAUCACGACAGCCACUGUGCUUUGCAGGUGGGUUCAGAGACGCAGGCCGGGAUCGCCAGGCAUCAGACGCACAAGGCCCAUCAGAGCCACAAGGCUCACAAGGUCGCGCGAGAGGAGAGUGAGGAGAAGGAGGGAUGGUCCAAGGAGGCCAAGGGAAAGGCCAAGGCAUCCCAGAACCAUGGCCCCGGCGCUUCCCUCACUUCCAAGAAGGGAUCUGCAAAGAGCCUGGGGAAGUGGAAGCAUGCGGGUGCCUCUGGGAAGUGGGCCUCUCAACAGGGCUCCCACUCCCAUCUUCAUGGCAAGAACGCCUCGGAAGACUUCGUGCCGGAGAUGAUCAACAAGUUCUUGGAGAUGCCGCUUCCCAAGAUGAACCCCCAGAUCUCGGAGACACGACCCCUGGUGUUCAUGCAUCAGCAUCGUGCAGGGGGCACCACCAUGCGAAAGCUCUUGUACAACACCUCCAUGAGUCAGAAGAUGAAGCCUCAUAUCCUGUGCUCCGGAGGGGUCAGCUGCAGAGCCUUCAAGAACAAUGUCACUGAUGCCGCGGUCUACGGUGGUGAGUUCUGCUGGAGGGAGAUGAUGACUUCUCUGUCCGGCAAGGUGGCCCCUUUCUGCAUGGCGAAGUUGGAUCCCAAGAAGCUCAAGACCCUUCUUGUGAACUACGGCUGCGUGAACGAGCCUUUCCGCCGGCUGGGUCAGUGCGGUGUGCAGACGCAUGCGGAUGCCACCGACAAGAAGGCGCGGAUGCAGAUUUGGAACAGCACACUGCGCAACCUUGCGGCUUGCGUGCCGGUCUUGGUCGACAAGCAGGACACCUACUCGGCCGCUGUGAAGCACUUCCCACAGUUCAAGCAGGCUUUCUGGCAGAUGAAGAAGGAGAAGAUGAACACGAACUCCUACCCCAAGGAUUGCGAGAUCCCAGCUACGCACAUGGCCGUGAUCCAAGAGUUGGCAGCGCAGGAGACGCUCCUCUACGAGGCCGCCGUCUUAGCAUCGGAGCGGGGGCUCUCGUGGCGUGAGGCGAAAGCGCGACUCGACGCCACAGACGACUUCCAGCUGAACGUGCUCGCUGCCUUGAGGCUCGUCUUCUGGCACUGGAUGCAGCCUGCAGCUUAUGUCCUCCUGCUGUAUGGUUGGAGCGACGAUCCAUAUUUCCGCUCCCGCUCCGACUUUCAGGUGGUGAUGGCCAUUGCGGUGCUAGUGAGGGAGGUGCUCUACUUCGGCUGCACUGUGCUGGCCUUGGUGCGAUGUCCGGCCUUUCUUCUUGUGGAUGUCAUCGCCACGUGGCGUAGCGGAGCUCGCGGAGAGGUAUCUGAAUCGACGUCUUCAUGCAGAGCUGCUAGUGCCGAGGCUGUGUACCGCUACGAGUCCGGAAACAUCGCGCAUGCUCCCAAGAAGGAUUACGGUCCGUUAGACUUCACUGGAAAACUUGCGGGGGGCCUGCGACUUGACAUUCGCAGGUUCAUCGCAGCCCUUGCCCCUGCGAUUACGUUCGGCAGUCGGUUCCUUGACGGCACGAACGGCCAGUUCGGAGUGAUGGAAAUGAUCAUGAGCACAUGUAUCAGCGGUUUGAUCUUCUCGACUUUCUCCGGUCAGCCCCUUUCGAUUUUGGGAGCUACCGGUCCGUUCUUGGCCUACACGCUUGUCGUCUAUGAUCUGGCAGUUGCCGUGGACGUGGAGUUCAUGCCGUUUUAUUUUUGGACAUGCAUGUGGUGCUCCCUCUUCACCGUCCUGGUGGCGGUCUUCGAUCUGUGUGCACUCAUGAAGCACGUGACUAUGUUCAGCGAAGACAUCUUCGCUGGAUUAAUCUCGCUCAUUUUCAUCAUCGAUGGAGCCCGGCCGAUCAUCGAGAAUUUCACGGAGAGCAGGCUGACGCUCACGAACAGCAUGUUUGAAGCUCUCUUGUUCAUCUGGACAUUUGGCUUAGCGACAUACUUGUCCAGCUUCCGCCGAAGCCCUUGGACUUUCCGUUUCGUUCGAAACUUUGCAGCCAAUUUCGCAGUGACCAUUGCCUUGGUGAGUGGCUCCGCGUUGGCCGCCAUUUACUCCAACGACACAGGCUUGAGGAUGUUGCAGGUGGACGCGGACUUCUCGCCAAACUUGAGCUUGUCCGAUGGCAGCAAGCGACCGUGGAUCAUCAAUCCCGCCGGCAUGGACCGCCCCUUCCCAGCCUGGGGCAUUGCUUAUGCGAUCCUCCCGGCGAUUGGCUUCGCAGUCUUGGGUUACCUGGAUCAAAAUCUCACCUCUGUGAUCGUGAACAGACCCUCCAACAAUCUGAAGAAGCCGGCUGCCUAUCACCUGGAUUU